AUGAAAUUAUAAGUGAAUAAUCGAAUAAAUCCUGAUUUAUUAUUUGCUCGUUUGGCAGCAGGAGUAAAUCAUUGUUUAGCCAUUUAAAGUGAAGGAGAUAAGAAUACAGCUCCAUAAACAUUUUAAUUAUGGGGUUGGGGAAGCAAUGAAUUUUAAGCAUUAGGCAAACCAGAAAGCGUUGAUUAAGAAAUUUAAUCAUCUCCAGUGAAAAUAUAUUUAGAACAUAAAUAGAAACCAUAUGUUCCAUUGUAGGUGGCUUGUGGGAAUCAACAUAGUAUGAUUUUAGGAUGCAGUCAAGAUUUAUUUUAAGAGAUCUUUAAAAAUGCUUAACAUAUGGAUGAUAAUUUUAGUUAUGACUUAGGUUUUAAAAGUCUUCGUUAUGAUGAUUGUGUUAUAUUUUCAAGUGGUAGUGAUGAAUUUGGAUAACAAGGAAGAAUGACAGAUAAAGAAUAAUCUUAAGAAGAAAUAGAAGAAGGUGAAUAAGAAGAUGAUGAUGAAGAUGAUUAUAAUGAAUAGGAAGAAUGUUUUAGAAUUAAAGGAGUUGUAGAAAGCAUUUAAAAAGUUUGUUAAAUAUCAUGUGGAGCAAAUUACACAUUAGCCUUAGAUAUAUAUGGAUCAGUAUAUUCAUGGGGAGAAGGUGCUACUGGUUGUUUAGGAUUACCUAUGCAAGUAGAUUAAUAGAGACCAACAAGAAUUGAUUUUGAUAAAAUCAGAAUGAAAUUUAUAUCUGCUGGUCCAUCUCAUGCUGCUAGUAUAUCUGAAGGAGCAGGCUCAUUAUAUACAUGGGGAGUAGGAACUUAUGGAUAAUUGGGACAUGGUACAAAUAAGAGUUCUAAUAUACCUAAUUGUGUUGAAGCAGGAUCAGUUGUAGGAAAAGUUGUUGAAUAUGUAUCAUGUGGGGCUAUGCAUACAGCAUGUACAACUACUGAUGGUUAUGCACAUACAUUUGGAUUUAAUAAGAAUGGUUAAUUAGGAACUGGAGAUUUUUAAGAUAGAUGGGAACCAAUUAAAGUUCAUUCUAUAUAAAAUUUUUAUGCUGUUUAUGCUAAAUGUGGUGGUAACACAACUUUUAUCACAACAUUAGAAAGAUUAACUUUUGCAUUUGGAUCUAAUUCAAAAGGUAGAUUAGGUAUUAAGGAUGAAUUUGGAAGUAAUUAUCCAGAACCUUAAAGAAUUGACACUAAUUACUUUAAAUCUAAAUAAUAGUUUAUUUAUUAAUUAGCAUUGUCUUACCAUUAUGGAUUAGCAUUAUUAUAAAGUGGAUCGAUUAUCUCUUUUGGUCUUCCAUUCAAAGGAAUUCUAGGUAGAGAUUUAUAGGCUGAAUUACUACCAAAGAAUUAUCUUACUAACAAUUCAAUGAAUGAUGAUUAUAAAUAAGGAGAUGAUGAUGAGGGAGAGGAAAUGGGAUAAAAUAAAUUAAAUGAAGUUUUGAAUACUAUAAAACCAGAUUUACUUUAAUCUUUGAUAGAACCAAAGAAUAUAAAUGAAGAGUUUUAGUUUUUUGGGAUGCAUUGCACUGAGUUUAUAAAUAAAUUACAAAAAGAAAUAAAGGCUUCUUCUUAUAUUGUAGAUGUAAAAUGUGGAGCCUAUCAUACAGUAGCAUUAACUGAUGCAGGUGAAGUUUGGGUUUGGGGAAGUAAUAAAUGUAUGUAACAUGGUUUGAAAGAUGAUUAAAUAAUAGAAUAAGUAAAAUCAAGAACAAAGUUUAUAGGUCCUUUUGUAAAGGAAACAAUAUCAGAUGCUUCAUAUCCAAGUUAAGUAUUAACAUUUUCAAUAAGAGAGAAUAAAAGAGUAACUUAUUUGGCAACAGGUUUAGAAUAUGUAGUAGUAGUAGAGAAUAGACGUAAUAUUUAUUCUUGGGGAAAAAAUGAUAAGGGUUAAUUAGGUUUAGGAUUUGUAAGUGAUUUUGUUGAGUCUCCUUCAAUGUUGACAGAUUUGGAAGGAUUUAUGGUAAAAUAGGUAGCAUGUGGAGAAGAUCAUACGUUAAUUUUAGAUGAAGGUGGUUCAUUAUAUGCAGUAGGUUCUCCCGUAGAUGGAAAAUUAGGAUUGGGACCUAAAAAUUCAGUUGUUUUAUAAACUCAGAAAGUUCCAUUUAUUUAAGAUGUUGCUAAAGUAGGUGUUGGUCCUCAUCAUUCAAUGGCUUUAGUAGUUGAUAAAAAGUAUAAUGAAAGAGUAAUCAAAACGAAAGCUAACGAAAAGAAUUAAGAAGACAAUACUUAAAAAUAUGUAAUAUAUACUUGGGGAAAUGGAUAUGGAGGUAAAUUAGGACAUGGUAAUUUAGAUAAUUAAUAUUAUCCUAAAUUAUUAUAAACUAAAUAUUCAUUUAAAGAUGUUUCAGCAGGUACUAAUCAUUCAGGAGCUUUAACUAUUGAUGAUUAAAUUGUUGUUUGGGGUGUUGGUUCUUAUUUAGGAAUAGCUAAACCAGAAGAUGAUACCGAUGAUAAAUAACAUUUAAAAUCUGAUAAAGAUUAGGAAGCAGAACCUUACUAUAUAGUAUCUCCCAUUAAACAUAAUGAUUUAGCUACUAGAAAAUAUAAGAGUCUUUGUUUAGGAGAUCGUUAUAAUAUGGCUAUAAGUAAAUAGAAUAAAGCUUUUGUUUGGGGAUUGUUUGAUUAUGAUUUCUAAGAAAAACUAAAAAAUCAAUGUGCUAAUGCUGCAUAAAGGGAGAAAUAUGUUGAAGUUCUUAUGACCAAUAUUGUAAAUACUCCUUUAAGUGAUAUCUAAUUUACUUCGGUUAGUUGUAGUUUUAAUCAUGCUGUUGCCUUAACUGAAAAUUAAGAGAAAAAGGAAUUAUUUUCAUGGGGUUAUGAUGGAAUGACUGGCAGAUUGGGCUUAGGAUAUGAAUUUAUAAAUCCAGAUAAAGAAAAUGAAAUGUAAUUACAGAAUAAAAAUUAAUAGUAAGUUAAAAAAGAAAAUUUUGAUACAUUGAAAGUUCUCUUUGAUAAACCAUAACCUCUUUAAUUCAUUAAUCAAUAUCUUGAUUACAAUUUCAAAUUAUAUCAAUUAAUGCAAUUAUAGGCAGAUAAGGCUGAUGAGGAUGAAGAUGAAUUUGAAGAAGAGUUUAAAAGAAAAGAUUAGAAAAAAACAGGAAUGAAUGCUGAAUAAAUUUAAUUGAAUAUUUAAAAAAAGUCAAAGCGUCCUUUAAGUAAAAGAGUCUUCAUUGGUGCUUCAUUAGGAAUGGUUGAAGAGGGUAAAUUGAUUUACAAAUAGUCCUGGGAUUAAUUUAUUAAUGAGUCAAAACCUGAUAUUUAUAGAUGUUCAUAUGUUAACAAAGGAGAUGAUCCAGAACGAGUUGUUAAUUCUAAAAGAGUAAAUUUUUUUGAAGAAAAACCUGUAGAUGAUGUCUAUGAAGCAAUUUUAGAAUUAGAUUAGGAGAACUAGAGACUCUACCAAGAAAUCAAAGAUAUUCAUCUCCAAGAAUUUAAGAAGUUUAAGGAUGAAGCUAUGUUAACUAUCAUCAAUAAAAUUUAACGCAAACCUUUUGAUAUAUAAUUUAAAACUGAAGAAAAAGAUAAGGAUAAAAAAAAUGAAAAAAAAACCAAAAAACAUGAGGCUUAUUAUAAUUGUUCAUUAUGCUAUAAAAUUAUGUUUACCAUGCUUUAAUUACACCCUUGUUAUUUUAUAAAUAUAUUUAAACAUGGAGGAAUAAGCAAAAAAAACUUUGUUGAUUUAGUUAUGGAUACUUUUGGAGAUAUUUCUAAUGAUAAAAGAAAGUAUAGAAUACUAAUCAAUCUUUUGAUUCAAAUACUCCGAAUAGAAUUGUAGAGCUUAUCCAAUAAAAAAUUAAUCUUCAAUUAAAAAGAAACAAAUGAACCAUCUUUAUAUGCUUUUACUAAUUUAUUCAUCUUAUUUCAAGGCUAAUUUGGUUAAUGCAUAACAACUAAUCUGAAACUAAUAGAAACAUCUAUAAAAACUAUAGAAAAUAAAUUAACGAGUGGUAUAGCUAAAAAUCUAAAACCUGUUGCUUUAGUAUUUAGUUCGAACCAUCUCUCAAAUCCUGGUUGUGAUGUAUUACUUCCUAGAUUUGAUGGUCCCCAAGAAAAUAAGUUUUUUUAAGAAAGAGUAGAGUUUAUCAAAGGGUUUUGGGAUGAAUUCGCACCCAAAUUAACAACUUUCUUGCCUUAAGAUAUACCAGGUCAAUUUGAUAUCCCAGUUGCAGUAAGGGAAUUAUUUUUAAAAACUUAUGAAGUAGUUAAACCUUUUUUUUAAAAGAAUAAUUAGCAAGUAGAACAAAUCUAAUGUAGAAUGCUUGGCUUAUAUUACUAAAAUUAUCAAAACAUGUUCAUAGAAUCAUCAUAAAAAUUAGAAUAAGAGAAAACAUUAGAUUAGAAAGCAGAAUCAAAUUUUUUGAAUAUAAAAUGUUUUUUAGAAAUGUUUGAAUAUUUUAUAAAUGAUAAAGAAGAAGAACCUGAGAAUGCACCAUUAUGGUAAAACAUCGCAGAAAUAUUCGUUAAUCAUGCACCUAGAAGAACAACAGCAUUUAAUGCAAUAGCAUAUGGAGCAAGUACAACAAAUGGAGUUUAAUCAAAUAAAUUAUAAGAAAAGAUUUAGAGUGCUAGCAAAUAUAUAUCAAAAAAUGAAGUAAAUAAAAUAAAGGAUAUUUAUUUCCAUGCUAUAGAUUAUAGUGAUGAUAUAAUAAUACCAAGGGUAAAGUCAAUUUAUUGGGCUACUAAAUCCAUUGUAGAAAAUAUUUAAAAAAUAAAAUAUGUUUAAGCAGAAAACCAAGAUUUAAUGGAAUAGUUUGCAAAAAACAUCAAGGAGUAGCCAAUUAGUUAUUUGACAGAAAAAGAACCAGAUGAAAAUUCUGGAUAAGAUAGAAUUUAAGUGAAACUAAAAACAAGAUAAUUGUAUUAUACAACAAUGUCUUUAUCAUUAAGACAUUGUAAUGAUUGUGGAUGUUAUGCUAUUGAAUCUUUUUUAAAAACAGAAGAUUAACCACCUUUUCAUAGAUUUGAUUAGUGGAAUCCUGUAAGUUUAUCAGCCUUAUUAAUUAGAAUAGUUUCUUGUUUUAAAAAUAAGAAAGAUUUUGAUGAUUUUUUAGGAGGUUCAAAUGAAGUAACAACUAUAUUGAAAAAGAAGGCUUCAAUGCAAAAAGAAUAAGGAACUUUUGGUAAUAUUAUGAAGUUGAAAGAAUUUGAGAAGGCAUUUUAUGAGAAAGUGUAAUUUAAUAUAGAAUAAUCAGAUGAAGUACUUGAAGAUUAGAAAUUAGCAAAAUCAAAAGAAAGUAAGAAAGUAUUAAGAGAAUUAAGAUUAUCGAUUUAAGAUAGAUUGAUAUCAGUCUAUAAAUACUUAUAUAAUAUGGAGAAGAAUAUGGCUGCUUUAGAUGCAAUAAAUUUUGAAUUAUAAGAGAAAAUUAAAAAGUUUAAGACAGAGAAGAUUGGAUUAUAUAAUAGAAUAAUAUCUAAUUGUUAUUUUGGAAUGGCAAAUAAAGAAUUAAUAAAACAAUUGUAAAGUAAUCCUGUAGCAAUGGUUGGUUAAAUUAAAGAUGCAAUAAAGUAAGUGAGUACUUCAACAGAAAUUUAUGAAAAUAUAGAUGUUUUUAAGAAGAGUGCAGAUUAACCUAGUUAUUUGAGUAUUUUUGGUAGUUAUUCUUAUAGUAUACUUUCAUCUCGUAAGAUAAUUGAAUCGAUUAAGACUUCAGCAUAUGAUGAUAUAAAAAGACAUACAAAAUAAUAGUAAAUAAAUAUAUUGAAAUUUUAGAGUGACUCAAAAUGUCAUCAAUAAUAGAUUAGUAUUCUCAUUUCAGAAGGAUACAAAUUCGAAUAGUUUAGAGAUAGUGAUAGUGUAUUCAGAAGUGGAAUUUGAUUGGAAAUAAACAGUUAGUUGUGGUCUUAUUCAGCCAGUAUAUAUUUAUAUAAUAAUUAGAAUAUAGAGCCAAUAGAGUUUAUAGUAGAUUAAUUUGUAGUUGAAACUACAACUAUUUUACAGAUUAGAAAAGACAUAGCAUUAGGAAUAAACAUAGAUAAACCUCAGCCUUUGGGUAGAUAUUGCAAUUUUAAGAAGAAGGGUUUGAUGUAACUCUUAGAUGAAUUAACAAAUCAUGCUGUUAUAUAUGAUCACUUAUAUGUGGAACCAGAGAAGAAAGAUUAGCAUCAUCAUUAAUAAUUAAAAAAUUGA